UGUCUGUAUAUAUGCCUGAUUCAUAGCAUUUAGAAACUAGGGUGUACACCGAUGUUGCAAGUGAAAAACAGGAAAAAACUGGUCUGGAUUAUAUAUAUAGACAACAGCAACAACAACAAACAUGAUUCUUUCUACAUAUCACACAAUCCAGUCUGUGUUUUGCUGUUGUUGUUGCACGGUACAGAAAAGGGAGAUGACCACUCAUAUGAAUUUGGACCAUGCAGACCCAUUGAAUGAAUAUGCACUGCCAGAAGAACCUCUCUCAAAUUAUCCAUCUGUGAACAUAAGUCGAUCACACAGGGCAAAAACACAGCCAUCAAAAAGAAAACCACCACCCCCUCCUCCUCCUGAAACAGGAGAUGAUGGUGAGACAGAAGUCCAAGUUAUUGCUCUCUAUGAUUUUGCAGCUGAGGAAUUAUGUAACCUAGCACUCAGGAGGACAGAAGAGUAUGUAAUAGUUGAGAAGUCAGACCCUCAUUGGUGGAAAGCUAGAGAUAAAUGUGGGAAAGAAGGCUAUAUCCCUAGCAACUAUGUCACAGAGAAAAAGCUGGACAAUCUACAAGCAUAUGAGUGGUACUGUAAAAAUUUAACAAGAAGUCAGGCUGAAAACCUACUUCUGCAAGAGAACAAGGAAGGAGCAUUUAUUGUUCGAGACUCAAGUCAACAGGGAGUGUACAUUGUAUCUGUAUAUUCAAAGCCGAAAGGAGCAGACACUGGAAACAUCAGACAUUAUCAAAUCAAAGAACAUCCGCCAGGAGAAUAUUAUGUAGCAGAAAAACAUCAUUUUUUAAACAUUCCAGACCUUAUUCAUUAUCAUCAGCUAAAUGCGGCAGGUCUUGUAACACGACUUCGCUACCCAGUAGGACCACUUGGAAAGUGUAUUCCAGCAACUGCAGGAUUCAGUUAUGACAAGUGGGAAAUAAAUCCAUCAGACCUUACCUUUAUGAAGGAAGUGGGAUGUGGAGAAUUUGGAGUGGUACGCUUGGGAAAGUGGAAAGCCACACGCAAAGUAGCAAUUAAGGCAAUUAAUGAAGGUGCCAUGUCAGAAGAUGAUUUCAUUGAAGAAGCCAAAGUUAUGAUGAAAUUAUCACAUCCCUACCUUGUACAACUUUAUGGAGUAUGCACUCAGCAAAGACCUAUCUAUAUAGUGACAGAAUUCAUGGAAAAUGGUUGCCUACUAAACUAUUUGCGACAAAGACAAGGAAGGUUUGGCAAAGGGCAACUACUGAGCAUGUGUCAGAAUGUAUGUGAAGGGAUGGAAUAUCUUGAACAAAAUGGGUUCAUUCAUCGGGACUUGGCUGCAAGAAACUGCUUAGUCAAUGAAAAACAUGUUGUCAAAGUAUCAGACUUUGGAAUGGCAAGGUAUGUACUUGAUGACCAGUACACUAGUUCCUCCGGGGCCAAAUUUCCUGUGAAAUGGUCACCUCCUGAGGUAUUCCAUUAUAAUAAGUACAGCAGCAAGUCUGAUGUUUGGUCUUUUGGAGUAUUGAUGUGGGAAAUAUACACUGAAGGCAAAACACCAUUUGAAAACAUGGCCAAUCCUGAGGUUGUUGAUGAAAUAUCCAGGGGUUACCGCCUCUGUCGCCCGUUUCAAGCAUCCCAAACUGUGUAUGAAUUAAUGUACAGUUGUUGGCAUGAGAAGCCAGAAUGCCGUCCGGCCUUCAUAAAUUUACUGCAGUCUAUCAACACCAUAGCAGAGAGUAGACAUUCAUAAGAAUCCUACCACACUUUCAGUCAUCCUAUUUUCUAUAUGCCAUGGCACAGAAGGCCACCAGGUGUAGCCACUUGACUGUGCAAAUUAUCAGUCAACAGACAUUAUAAGCUGCUAAUAGCUUUAUGUGUAAAGCUCCUUAGGCCAGUGCAAUUCUUUUACUUCACUUUGGUUAGAGUAUUUGCAGCACCAAAUAUUUUUAAAUAAUCAAAGUAAGCUACAACUGCAAGAGACAUGUUGGGAAUGUUCGUAGAGCAUAUGUGUAAUCCGAAGAAUGUGCAUGCAAUCAACAUUUAUCCCAAACAGGCAUGAUCAGCACUCAUAGAUAUUCAACAAAGAAAAUGAAAAGGGAGCUAAUCACUGAAGCUGCCUUGCUUUACCUACAUCAAGUCAUCUUACAUUUCAGACCUCAAAGACUUUUUCUUUACUAGUGGAUGAAGAUUUUUCCAGUAAAACUCGGUACAUAUCAC